AUGCCAAUUCGUGUCGCUCAGACUCAAAGGAAAGAAGUGAAAUUUGUUUUAGGUUCAGGUUGUUUUUAUGGUGGAGAUCUAGUUCAUUUAAUUGAUGGAGGAAAACGUUCAAUAUCGAAAUUAAAAGUUGGUGAUCCAAUUUGGUCACUUAAUUUAGAUGGAAAUGGUUUAAUAGAAGAUGAAAUUGUUUUAAUGAUGCAUAAUGAAGCAAACAAAUCAGCUUUAUUUUAUACAUUUACAACAUCUGAUUGUAAUGAAGUUAGUUUAACAGAUUCUCAUAAUAUUCCUGUUUAUUGUUGGAAUAAAAAUAAAAUCGAAAUAAUUCUUGCAUCAAAAGUAACAAUAAAUGAUCGUUUAAUAAUGUAUGGAAAGAAAGUCGAAAUAAAAAAUAUUUCAAUAAAUAUUCGUCAAGGAUUUUAUUCUCCAUUGACAGUAACUGGUUAUUUAUUUGUCAAUAAUAUUUCAACAUCAGUUUUUUCUGACAAUUAUAAAGUAUCAUCUUCAACAGUUCAAUUUGUUUUUACACCCAUUCGAAUUUAUUAUCAUCUUAUGAGAUGGAUUUAUGGAAAUGGAUAUAUUCCAUUUGCACAUAUUCAACAAGGUUUACAUCCUAUACCAGCAUUCUAUAAAAAAAAUAUCAAGCACAACUUCGAUUUCUAA